AUGAGCCAAGCUGAUGUCCGAUUCUGCAGGCAGAAUGGCCCAAUCCACCCUAUUCUCAAGAACCGGCUCAAUCUCACAGAGAAGAAACCCAAUUCCCAAGAGCCAGGCUCAAGCUCACGGGCUCACAGGAAGAGACUCGAUUCCACGGAGGAAAUGGCUCAGUCAAUAGAGGAGAGACCUGAUCCCCAAGAGCCAGGCUCAACCCCACAGAGAAGAGACCUGAUUCCCAGAAGCCAGGCUCAAUCCCAUAAGGAGGAGACCUGA